AGUCUGUCACGGCCGUGGGAUGGUGGUGUGUCUCGACUAGAAGUCUCGAACCCAGAUAUAGGGCUCACACACUUCCACUUUCUUCAUCUCGCUUUGUUCCCUCCACUUCUUUUUUUAUUUCUUUCUUCCUUUUUUUUUUCAUCUUCCUCUCGAAUCUUCUUUCGUUCUCUGUCAUCACGCGCCGGAGGUCGAGCUCUCCCCGCCGGUAUUAAUGGCAUCUCUUCUGGAAUCUUGCUGGCUGUACCUGAUCACUCAUUUCAGUGAUUUUCAACUGGCUUCUUUGGGAAGUUUCAUUCUUCAUGAGAGUGUCUUUUUCUUAUCAGGACUUCCUUUUAUAUAUCUUGAAAGGGCAGGAUACCUGAGCAAAUACAAAAUUCAGUCCAAAAAUAACACCCCUGCUGCUCAGGAGAAAUGUAUUACCCGCCUAUUGCUAUAUCAUUUUGGCGUGAAUUUACCUGUCAUGGUUCUUUCCUAUCCUGUCUUCAGAUACAUGGGCAUGCGAAGUACUCUGCCGUUGCCGUCCUGGAAAGUUGUAUUGCUGCAAAUUUUAUUCUACUUCAUCCUUGAAGACUUUGUGUUCUAUUGGGGGCACAGAAUAUUACAUACAAAAUGGUUGUACAAGCAUGUUCACAGUAUCCAUCAUGAGUUGAUUUGUCUCAUGACCAGAUAUGCUACUCCAUUUGGACUGACUUCUGAGUAUGCUCACCCUGCUGAGAUAUUAUUCCUUGGAUUUGCAACCAUUGUUGGCCCUGCUAUCACUGGGCCUCAUCUAUUCACUUUGUGGUUGUGGAUGAUAUUAAGAGUCUUGGAGACAGUUGAGGCACACUGUGGGUACCAUUUCCCCUGGAGCCCUUCAAAUUUUUUUCCUUUAUAUGGAGGAGCUGAUUUUCAUGACUAUCAUCAUCGAAUACUUUAUACUAAAUCUGGCAACUACUCAUCAACUUUUAUUUACAUGGAUUGGAUAUUUGGUACGGAUAAGGGUUACCGAAAAUUGAAGGAACUGCAGAAUAUUGGAGCUGAAGUUGGAAACAAAUUGAUGUAGGUAGUGAGGAGGGAUAUUUGACUGUCGUGAUAUCAGAGGAUGAUGAGUUUCUAGACAAAAGGCAUCUCAAAUGGUCUCUUUACUGCCUUACCUUUGCUCAUCAUCUCCUGCAUUUUUUUGUUUAGCUGGUAGAAGGCAGGUUGUGGUUUUAGGUGUGCCAUAAUGUGGAAUUCUUGUAAGGAUUUGUUGUGGACAUUUUGUGCUCUCCUCCUAUUCCUGAAAUGUAUGGAAGCUGCUCCUUUAAUUGUUCAGGCUUUCUGGGGGUGCUGAUGGUUGAACCCAACUCCUAUACAUUGAACAGGUUUCAAUACCGGAUUUUCUCGAGGGCGAUACUUAUUCUGUUAUAUAUUAAUCUUGUUUUUGAAUGUUGUACUGUUGAGGGCUGGCUUCCCUUUGAUGAUGAUCCCCCAAAUCCCAAUCCCUUGUAUUUUAUA